AUGGCUUCCGCAUCGGCUUCCUCGUCGUCUUCCUCCUCAUCAACAGCCAUUUCCGCUUCCGCAGGAAUCUCCGCUUCCGGUGGGACUUCCACUUCCGCCUCCUCUUCACUCGCAGCGGGGCUUGCGCGCAAGUUGCGCAAGGUCCUCGACACGCGCACGGACUCCCCCGAGCUGCUGGCAGCACUGGGCGCACUUUCGGGCUUCUACCGCGAAAACUCGUUGGCCAAUCGGCGCGCUUUGAAGUCCACGAUUGAACGUAGAGGAUUGGCUAUUAACGAGGAAUUUCUUCAGGCGUCGGAAGCUGCUCAAGAGGCGCUAGAUGUGGUAGAGGCGGAGGUUCGGGGCCUUGCAGAGUGCUGCGACAGAAUCGGUGCAGCACUGACCACGUGUGCGUCAACAACAGGGGACAUGGUGCUGGCAACAGAGAGGCUCAAGCUGGAGCUGGUUACCACUGUGCGCCGCCAGCAGCUCGUCGCCGCCUUCCUUAGAAGCUACCAGCUCUCGCCACAGGAGGUGCAAGCAUUGCGGGAGGACGAGAUCAGUGAGAAGUUCUUUGAGGCGCUCAACCGAGUGCACGAGAUUCAUGCCAACUGCAAGCUGCUGCUGCGCACCCACCACCAGAGGGCGGGGCUGGAGCUGAUGGAUCUGAUGGCGGUGUACCAGGAGGGGGCGUAUGAGCGACUGUGCAGAUGGGUGCAGGCGGAGUGUCGCAGCCUGGGGGACAGCGAUGGGGACACACCGGAAGUGGGCCCUCUGUUGCGCACUGCAGCGCAUUGCCUCAAGGACCGCCCCGUGCUCUUCCGCUACUGCACAGAGGAGGUGGCCAACACACGCCACAACGCACUCUUCCGCCGCUUCAUUGCUGCUCUCACCCGCGGAGGGCCGGGCGGCAUGCCUCGUCCCAUUGAGGUGCAUGCGCACGAUCCGCUGCGAUACGUGGGCGACAUGCUGGCAUGGCUGCACCAGGCACUAGCCUCAGAAAAAGAGCUCGCCGCUGCUCUUUUCGCCAGCACAGAUAAACCCUCUUCCACGUCAGCAGAGUCUGGACCAUCAGAAGGAGCCGGAUCAGGAGAAGGAGGAGCAACGGCAGGAGGAGUGGAUGCUGACGUGGCAGCAGUGCUUGACCGCGUUUUUGAGGGCGUGUGCCGGCCAUUCAAAGUGCGUGUGGAGCAGGUGCUGACGGGGCAGCCAGGGCUCGUGCUGUGCUACAAGCUCUCCAGCCUCCUCUCCUUCUACUGUCACACGGUGGCAGAGCUGCUGGGAGAGCAAGCAGCGCUGUGCGUGGUUCUGAGGGACCUCAGCGAAGCAGCAGGGCGGGCGUUCCUCGACGCAGUCAAGCUCAGGGGAGACCGUGUGCUGCGCUUCCCCCCAGCAGUGCCCUCCGACCUCUCUCCCCCGCCUCUGGUGGGGGAGGGAGUGGCGGUGGUGUUGGAGCUGCUCCAGGCGCAUGCGAGUAUGAUGGUCCCUGCUGGGGCUGCCAAACCGGAUUUUCUUCCCGUUGCUGCUGCGCUGCUAGACCCCCUUGUGGAGGUGUGCACGCGGGCAGCACAGGCCCUCACAGCAAAGGCCGUGACUGCUCUCUCCUCGGGCUCCUCCUCUCUCCCUCGUCGCGCCUCUUCUUCCGCAUCCAUGUCUGCAGCAGCAGGGGGGGACAGCCAGCCAUUGGGGAGAAGAGGGUCUGUGCCUCUGGGCAGGCGGGCUACUGAUGGGCAGGACGAUGGGUCGGACAACACGGCGGUGGCAGUGGCAAGGCACAUUUUCCUCGCCAACUGCCUCGCAGCACUGCACGCACCCCUCGUACCAUUCCCAGUGCUCACACCCUACUCCCAGGGGCUGGCAGGGGCGCUUUCAGAGCACGUCACAGCCAUGGUGCAGCUCGAGGUGGCUGCCAUCCUCGACCACUGCAUGCUCUCUCCCAUCCUCCGCCUCAUUGCUCAAAUCAACCAGGCCUCCCAGCAACAGCAACAACAGCAGCAGCAGCAAGAAGGCGCAGAGGUAUCAGCAGCAGGAGCAGCAAACCCCCCGCCACAGCAGUACCCGCCCCUGGCCCAGUUCCCAGAGGCGUCCCCCUCUGCUGUGGCGGAAUCCCUGCAGCGGCUCUUUGCGCUGUUGGCAGGGGCGGAGGGGCGGUUGCCGGAGUUUGAGGCUCUGGGAGUGGCGAAGCUGAGGGCGCAGGCUGCAGGGCUGGUGGCGGGGGCGCUGGCAGAUGCUUAUGCAGUGGUGUAUGAGGCGGUGUGUGAUGGAAGGAACCAGUAUCCUGAUGCUGGGGGGUUGUUGCGGCACACGCCCGAGCACAUGCGCACGAUUCUGGGCAUUUGA